CUUCUUGUGAUCUGUUAAAAGUGAGUAACACCGCGACAGCAGCACUCAGAACUUUUCUUGCCUGUAAUUCCAGGAUUGUUCUUCACAUCUGAUUUUUUUAAACUCACCACCAGCUGAAGACGCAGAGAAUGUUGCUCAGGUUGAAUUUUUGCAACAAAAGCGUCUCCUGAAUGUGUUCCACAGCCAACUAUGUUCUCCCUCUGAGGAGAACCUGUGAGGUAGCAGCCACUUCAGGCAAGUUGUGUGGGGGAGUGCCCAUGCCAACUAAUUUCCCUGGAGUGAGAUCUCAUGGAGCUCCUCAAGACACAGAGAUGGAUGUGGCUUGGCAGGAGUUGAUGGCCAUCACAGAGCUGCAGGAGUUCGAAGUCCCUACUGAAAACUCCUAUGAGACAACACAGUACCAAACCAUGGAGCCCAUGGCUUCUGUGGGAGAGUAUGGGAUGGCUCAGCCCCACUCGGAGCCCCCUGCUGCUUGUGAGCUGAGAACCGCUGACGCUUACAAUGGAUUUUACUCCGAAGAGGUGCCUACCUGUCACCGUCUAGGCACCUCCACAGAAACAAUGUAUGGAAACUCUGAACUCAAUCAGAGAAUACUCCCCAUCUCCUCUCACCCACAGCAAUCUUUUGUGCCCCUUAGGGAGCAAACAAACAUGUCAGGUGUCAAUCAAGGGCACAGGAGAACCAAUGCGUGUCUCACUCAGGGACUACGUGGGCACAUGCAGUGGACUGUACAUGGACAAAAUGCACACACUCGCUCCGGCGAUGACCUGGAGUCCGACUCUGGUCUGUCACUGGGUUCCAGUCCACCAUUGGCCUCUCCAGAUAAUCCUGUUGGUGGCGCUCCAGGUUACCAAAGCGUAGACAUAGGAAUGGCAUAUAGUGAUGGCGAACCAGACAGCAUGACUGAGCACACGAGAAGAUCCCACCUCCAUUACUCAGCGGAUUAUCAGAAUCAUACUCACUCAUAUUUACACUCAGGUGCACAUCCGUCUUAUUUUUCAGCCCAACCCAUUUUAUCUCAGCCACAGCCGAGUACUCCUCGAUCAAUGAAACUCCAGGGUUCGGCUGCAGCCUUUAGUGACCUAUACAAUGAUUCUGCAAUGUCCAGCAGAGGAAGCUCACACCUUAACAUGUACAUAAAACCCCAAGGAAGCAUCUCUACCCCUCCCCUGAGCAGAGACGAGCGGCGGGCCUUAGCUUUGAAGAUCCCCUUCCCCAUGGAUAAGAUUAUCAAUCUACCUGUCGAUGACUUCAAUGAGCUCCUGACACAGUACACUCUGACAGAUGCUCAACUAGCACUGGUCAGGGACAUUCGACGAAGGGGGAAGAACAAGGUCGCAGCUCAGAACUGCAGGAAGAGGAAGCUCGAAAGCAUAAUUCACCUUGAAAGAGAACUGAAUCAGCUCCAGGCCCAAAGGGAACACCUGGCACAAGAAAGGCUCGAGUUCCAGCGCAGCUUGGCAUUCGUUAAAUGUCGUCUCACAGAUCUUUACACCCAAGUAUUUUCUCAUUUGCGAGAUGAAGAUGGACAACCGUACUCGAUAGAUGAAUAUUCUUUACAGCAGACACCGGAUGGUAAAAUUUAUCUGGUACCUCACACAAUGCAGAAGAGAGAGCCAUGCUGAAGAAUUGGGGAGUUUCCUUACUCUGGAGAACGUUCUACCCGAUUGUACCGGCUUUGACCGAGUCAUACAGGAAGUUGUCAUAAGAAUGAGGUUCAGCUUCACAUAAAUGUAUUAAUGGACACUGUUCAUGUUCUUUUAAUGAAUGAAACCAGAUUUGUUUUUAUACAAACACUUUAUUAAAAAAAGUAAA